CAGGUUUGCUUCUCUCCCCUUCCACUACCUCCACCAUCCAUCAAUCGCCACAACCGACUUCAUCACCACGACCAAGCAGAUAAAACCAUAACAUCUCUGCCCUCUACUCUUUGAUCCCUCAAUCAAAUAAGGAGUCGAAUUUUCAUCACCUGCCUGAACACAUCCCAGCGAGACACUUCAAUAGUCGUCGGUCGCUGCGCCCCCACCCCUCCAUCAGAACCCCUCUCCCAAGUUCACCCCCCAAAACCCGAGUUUAUGUCAAUCGAAAAUCUCAAGACCUACGAUCCCUUCGCCGAAGCCGACGAGGACACCGGGCAGACGAAAAAAGCCCAGGAUUCGAUCCAUAUUCGCAUCCAACAGCGUAAUGGACGUAAGACCUUGACCACGGUCCAAGGCAUCCCUCCCAAGUUCGACCACAAGAAGAUUCUCAAGGUCAUCAAGAAGGAAUUUGCUUGCAAUGGCACCAUCAUCAGCGACACCGAGUCCAAGGGAAUGGGCGAGGUGAUUCAGUUGCAGGGUGAUCAGCGCAACAAGAUCAAGGACUUCCUCUGCGACAAGGAUGGUGGCCUAGGCCUCGAUGAGAAGACCAUUAAGGUCCACGGCUUCUAAGCCCGACAUGUCGCGUCGCGCCACUGCCCAGUCUAAGCGAGGAGACGGUAACUGGAGGUAGGACCGUGAGGAGGUCAACACCUCUGUUUGGUGCCGCCUGCCGUUUAACUGGCCCUCGACCCCGGUCACGAUAACCGGAGGUGCGGCGCGUUAACAUGAUACCCAUUGCGGUUUCGGGAUGAGAGACUGGCUCCAUUCGAGUACGAGAGCCCAGUGCUAUUUUCUUUUCGCUAUAAGGACUAUUUUGCCAAGGGGACUUAUGUCCGUCUUGAAGGCUUCAGGGCUUACUUUCAUGGAUGGUCAUGAUCCUGCGUGUCAUUCGCUAUGAUCUCCGGUCUCCGUGGGAAUACGAUAUCCCAAGCAAUUGAACCAAUGUCCACA